AUGAUCGGUAUGGGUCAGAAAGACUCGUAUGUCGGUGAUGAGGCUCAGUCCAAGCGUGGUAUCCUGACCCUUCGAUACCCUAUUGAGCACGGUGUCGUCACCAACUGGGAUGACAUGGAGAAGAUCUGGCAUCACACCUUCUACAACGAGCUCCGCGUCGCUCCCGAGGAGCACCCUGUUCUGCUUACCGAGGCUCCGAUCAACCCCAAGUCCAACAGAGAGAAGAUGACGCAGAUCGUCUUCGAGACCUUCAACGCCCCAGCCUUCUACGUCUCUAUUCAAGCCGUCCUGUCUCUGUACGCCUCUGGUCGUACCACCGGUAUCGUGCUCGACUCCGGCGACGGUGUCACCCACGUUGUCCCCAUCUACGAAGGUUUCGCUCUCCCUCACGCCAUCUCCCGUGUUGACAUGGCUGGUCGUGAUUUGACCGACUAUCUCAUGAAGAUCCUGGCCGAGCGUGGUUACACUUUCUCCACCACCGCCGAGCGUGAAAUUGUUCGCGAUAUCAAGGAGAAGCUGUGCUACGUUGCGCUCGACUUCGAGCAGGAGAUCCAGACCGCUUCCCAGAGCUCGUCGCUCGAGAAGUCCUACGAACUUCCCGACGGUCAGGUCAUCACAAUUGGCAAUGAGCGAUUCCGCGCCCCCGAGGCUCUAUUCCAGCCUUCUGUUCUCGGUCUUGAAUCUGGUGGCAUCCACGUGACCACCUUCAACUCGAUCAUGAAGUGUGAUGUUGACGUUCGUAAGGAUCUCUACGGAAAUAUCGUCAUGUCUGGUGGUACUACCAUGUAUCCCGGUAUCUCCGACCGCAUGCAGAAGGAGAUCACUGCUCUUGCUCCUUCGUCCAUGAAGGUCAAGAUUAUCGCUCCUCCCGAGCGCAAGUACUCCGUCUGGAUCGGUGGUUCCAUUCUCGCCUCCCUGUCGACCUUCCAGCAAAUGUGGAUCUCGAAGCAAGAGUAUGACGAGUCUGGCCCCUCCAUCGUCCACCGCAAGUGCUUCUAA